GACAGGUGAAACUGAGCAGUGAAAGGUACAGGUUGGAUCCCUGAGAUCAUCUGCUGCUCCUCUCUUGUGACAUCUUUCAGCAUUUGGUGAGGAUUACACCACUAUGGCCAGUGGUGAUGAAGAUGACCCCAUUAUAGAGGAGAUCGAUGUGUACCUCGCCAAAAGCCUUGCAGAUAAACUGUACCUUCUCCAGUAUCCGGUCCGACCGGCCUGUAUGACCUACGAUGAUGUCAACCACCUGUCUGCUAAGAUCAAGCCCAAACAACAGAGGCUGGAGCUGGAAAUGGCCAUCAGCACCGCGAGUCCGAACUACUGUCGCAGUAAAGGCGAGCAAAUCGCUCUGAAUGUAGACGGCAUGUCCUACGAUGAAACCAACACUUACUCGUCAAAAAUGAUGGACAAACAGACGUUUUCCUCCAUCCAGGCCACCACCGACACCUCCAAAUACGCAGCUGCUUUGUUUCGUAAAGGUGAGCUUCAUAUCACCCCCCUGACGGGAAUCCUGCAGAUGAGACCCAGCUUCUCUUAUUUGGACAAAGCUGACAACAAAACCCGAGAGCGUGAAGCGGCCAAUGAAGGUGGAGAUUCCUCCCAGGAAGAAGCCGAAGAGGACGCGAAGGCGAUUACGGUGAGGUUCGCCCGUCCCGAAUCGGAGCAGGCCCGGCAGAGGAGGUUCCAGUCAUACGAGUUUCUGCAGAAGAAGCAGGCAGAGGAGCCUUGGAUCCACCUGCAGUACCACAGUGCAACGGACGGGCGCUCGGAGCAUGAAAGGCAGUACCUGUUCUGUCAGUCAGUGGACUCUUCGCAAAAUUCUGAGCUGGUCAAAACUCCAAAGGAGUACUUGACCAUGCUGAUGCCCCCUCUCACGGAGGAGAAAGUUGCCAAACCAGUCGGUCCAAGUAAUGUGCUCUCCAUGGCUCAGCUCCGCACCCUGCCGCUGGGAGAUCAAGUCAAGACGCUGAUGAAGAACGUCAAGGUGAUGCCGUUUGCCAACCUGAUGGGUCUGCUGGCCUCUGGUAUCGACCAGACCGCGGUGCUGCGCUGCAUUCAGCAGGUGGCGCUGCUGGUUCAGGGAAACUGGGUUGUAAAGAGCGAUGUUCUGUAUCCUAAGAACACUUGCAGCGCUCACAGCGGCGUCCCUGCUGAAGUCCUCUGCCGUGGCAGAGACUUUGUGAUGUGGAGGUUCACACAGGAGCGCUCCGUGAUGCGAAAAGAAAUUACUUCCAUCAUCAAACUUCCUCCUGAGGAUGUGAAGGAGUUCCUCGAACACGUGGCGGCUCCUCGGGUCAACCGUGGCUGGGAGUUCCUGCUGCCGACCGAUGCGGACUUCGUCAAGAAGCACCCAGAUAUCGCCCACAGGCAGCAAAUGCUGUGGCUUGGUAUCCAAAGCAAGUUGGAAAAGGUUUUUAAUCUCUCAAAAGAAGAUUUUGUGCCAAAGAAUGCCCCACAACCAGAGCCGGUCCACAUCAGCGGGGAGCAGCGUCUGAGGAUGGCUCAGGAGCGAGCACAAGAAAAGCAGACGUCGCUGCAGCGGGACCUGGAUGUCAGGCGUGCAGGAAGCGGCGUCCAAAUCAAUCAACAGCCUGUAAGCAACAGGGAGGACGAGCCAGUGGACACCUCCUCUGUCCCCAACGGCUCUGUUAAUGGUUACCCUGGUGCCGCCUCCCCAGGCUCGGAUCUCGCUAACGGAGGGAGCCCCUCCAGCACGCUGUCCCUGGAGCUGCAGGACUUUGUGUUAAAGACUUUCCGGAAACAUUUUGUGCUGACGCUGAACGAGCUAAAGCGGCUGUUCAACCUCCACCUAGCCUCCAUGUCGGCGGGACAGAGCGUCCUUCGCUCCAUGUCCGACCACGUGCUGCAGGACGCCGUGCUGCUCUGCCGCUGCAAACAGAUCAUGGUGCCUUUUCCUGCUCAGAGCAAAGCAGCUCCAGAUGAACAGAAGGUUUUCGGCUUGUGGGAGGCAGGAGACGACUUCGACAAGCAUCGUCAGCUGCUCUUCGACUUGUUCGGAAAGAACUACCGAGUUAGGAGGUCCAUGAUUCAAAGCAGACUGGCUCAGGAGCUCGGAGAACCAACGAAAGCCGAGCUGGAUCGGCUGCUUCAUGAGUGCUGCAUCAGCUAUGCGGGGAUGUGGUACCUUAAGGGAACGUUGCAGUCCUGACCCCGACAACCUGCCUCCCUCCUCUUUCACUCACUGACUGACAAUCAGAUUUUCUCCCACAUGUCGGAGGGGGAGGGCAGACGGGACAUAAGAGCCGGUCACAGCAGCCGGUUCAAGUCUGAGAGCCGGUGAUGGCAGGACAGACGUCGCCCGCUGCUGCUCAGAAGCUUUUCCGACUUUAAAACUGUAAAUCGGAGAGAAAACAGGAACUCUGAAAGCUGGAGAGUCUGAAGAAACUGAACAUAAAAUGAAGAAAGAGUGAAAACACAUUUACGGUUUAUCAUUUGAACAUUUCAUUGUACUCCUGAUGGGUUCCCGUUUUUACUUUCAUCCAACCUAAAGGCCUUGAAACAAGGAACAUCAGUUUAUUUAACUGUCUGAUUUUGGUUUAAAAUACUUGCUGCACACGGUGAUGGGUUAAAAAACAAAGUGGGACAAAUACCCAGUUUAGAUUAGUUUUAAAUGGUUUUUGGGAAUGGAGGACCUGGAAUCUUUUUCUCUUUCUGUUCAUCAGACAGACAUUUAGUGAUUUAUCAACUUUAACAGACUAAUUUGUUUGAAGUGGUUGAUGCUGCGGGUUUGUUCAAGCUGAACGCAGGUUUUUCUUGGAGCGACUGAAGUUUGGAACAGAACCAAUAAAAAUGCAUUUUGGGAUGAAAUGUUUUCAGCUCCUAAAUAAUUAAAAACGGCAGCGCAGGAGCCAAAACUCUGAGCAAAAGGUCGUUUUCAUGUUUAGCCUCCAUUUAAAGUGUCGGCCUCACAAAAUGUUCAAGAAAAAACAAAAAGCUCUGAUUUUAGAAUAUUUAAGAAUGAGGUGUGUAAUUUAUGCUGAAUAAAGUAAAUAGUUUCUGAAAGCAAGUAGCUCGGGGGCCAGACAUCCAGCAAUGAAAGUAAUUAUGUAAAUAA